UGGUUGUAAAGGAUGGUGGAUCUCCAAGCAAGAGCGCUACAGUCACUGGAAUUGUUAAUAUACUGAGGAACCUCAAUGACCCUGUGUUUAACCCAACCUUUUAUAAUGCGACUAUAUUUGAGACUCACGCCCUCCGUGACAGUAUAGUGCGUGUUGUAGCAACAGAUGCAGACAGAUCUGGUCCUCAGAGUACAUUCACCUUUUCGCUGCAAGACUUGUCUCGAAACUUUGCCAGCACGUAUUUCCGAAUUGAUACAACUAGUGGCAACAUCUUUGCCCGUUUGCCUCUUACCCAGGACCUGACAGACACUUCUUUUGUUGAGUUCUCAGUAACAGCCACUGACCAAGGUGUACCAGUGCAAAUUUCAGUGCCACCUGCACGUGUGCGUGUCAACAUUAUCCGCAACCUGAACCCCCCCUGUCUUCCAGAGUGAACCCUACAGUGCAAGAAUUGACUUCACUGCUCCCGUAAACUCCCCUGUCAUGAAUGUGCAGGCUACAGAUGCUGACAUUGUGGAUCCUUUUAAUCGGGUUACUUAUUCCCUGAUUGGUGAUGGUUUGGCAACCAGCUUGUUUACAGUUACGCCUGACACUGGUGCCAUCAGGACUCAAAAUACCCUAAAUUCUGAUAACAGUGAACAAUAUGUGCUUCGAGUUGUUGCCAUGGAUGGAGGAACUCCAAGACUCACAGACACAUCAACAGUGCUAGUAACUGUAAACAGGAAUUUGAAUGCACCACAACUGCAGCCUCAAAACUACAGUAUUGGGAUUUUGGCCACACAGGCUCUCUCCAUACCCAUCCUCACUAUUAAUGCUGCUGAUGCUGAUGUUGCGGUACCAUAUAACACAGUAGUGUUCAGGCCAACAUCAAGUCCAUUGUUUAGUGAGUUCUUUGGUGUGGAUCCUUCUUCUGGGGACGUGAAUGUGAAGAAAGAUCUAGCCCUCCGGUCUGAUAUUUCAACCUAUAUUGGCACUGUGUCAGUGUGUGACUCAGCCUCUAGUCCACGUUGUUCUGAUGUGCCAUCCUAUGUGACCGUCCUGGUUACACAUAACCAGAACACACCCUUCUUCAUCAAUGAGCCAUACAGAAGAGACCUCCAGCGCACUCUUGGUGCCGGUACAGGAGUGUUGACAGUUCAAGCAGAAGACAGGGAUGAUCCUAGCACAAUCUUUGGGCAGAUUCGUUAUACUCUCAUUGGUGAUGACCAAGCCCCCAACUUCUUCAGUAUCAACCCCACGAGUGGACUCAUUGAGAUCAGCAAUGCACUGGGUCAAACCUCAGACAAUCUCUAUCAGCUUCGUGUCCAGGCGUGUGACCUUGGUGGUAUGUGUAACCGUACCACAGUCAUUGUGACUAUCACUACAAACUUUCAAGCUCCCAUCAUCACCCCAGCUACUUAUACUCAGACUGUGCAGGAGACCAUCUCACUAGGAACACCCAUCAUUGAUGUCAAUGCUACAGAUGCUGAUCCCACGGCUCCAAACAACCAGAUUACAUACGUCAUAUCUGAAGGCCCUGAGGACCUGGAAUGUUUCACGAUCAACCAAGACACUGGUGUCAUCACUGCAAGACGCUCAUUACUUUACAAUCCAUGCACAGCAUCAGUUUACUCUAUGCUAGUGGUUGCUCGUGACCGUGGUUCCCCAUUACUGGAAAGCACUGCUGCUUCUGUGACCAUCAAUGUACAGCGCAACGACAACCCUCCUAUUUUCACCAAUGAACCAUAUAUAACCAGUCUGCGGGAAGAUGCCAGUAUAAAUGAUCCUGUCUUCACAGUAACUGCUGUCGACACGGAUAUUGUUGCUCCGUUCAACACCAUUCAGUUUAGUCUCAUUGGUGAUGACACAGCUCCAGUCUACUUCGAUAUCCGUCAAAUUGAUAACAACAAUGCACAGAUUUUCGUGAAAGCACCAGUCUUGAAUGAUGACAAGACAACUUAUAUUGUGAGAGUCCGAGCGGCUGACGGAGGUAUUCCUAGCAAGUCCGACACGACCACUGUUCGCAUCACAGUCAACAGGAAUCUGUUUGCUCCUCGCUUUGAUCCACUAAUUACAACAUCACCAUUUUUCGAGACUCAGUCAUUGGGAUUGUCCAUCUUCCAAGUGACUGCUACUGAUGGUGACAGCAAGGCCCCUUACAACACUGUGCAGUAUGAGGUCAACAACAUUCUCUCCAGUGUUCCUGGACGGCUGUACUUCAUGGUGGACCGGAACACUGGUGGAGUCAGUCUCAGGUGCUUUCUGGAAUCAGACACAAGCUACACUGGAGUAUACACGAUUGUUGUUGAUGCAGUAGAUGGAGGUGGACUAAGGGCUAAUCCGCCUGCCAAUGUUGAAAUCACCAUGGACAGAAAUACAACGCUGCGGCCACCCAACGAUACCAACUCCAUGUUACCCAGAGCAUCCCUCUGUUGCCAGGAGCCUCUGCUACCGUACUGGGGUGGAAGCAGUAAGACUUACAUCACUUGAUGUAUAUCAUAUGAGUACUGGGGUAAUUGCCUCAAAGGUAUAUGGGUUUAAUGUUCAAAAGUGUAAUUUAUAUAGUCACUAUUACAAAAUACUUCAAUGCGUAAUACUUUCUGGUGUGUUACUAUUGGGUUUAUAUGACUAAGGCAGAUUUCUAUGAAGAUGAACGUGUCAACUCCUACACAAUUGUAAAAUAUAUCCUGUGAAUAUUUGCAUUCUAGCUGAACACUUUGUUAUACAGACGCUUUAAUGUUACUUUCUUAUGAUGAUUCAUGAAUUUUAGUUGUUUGAAUAUUGUCCUAUAAGGGAUAGACCUUUACUAUGUACAGUACGACUUUAAACCUAGGAAGUCUAUUCUAUGUGCCCCUCACCGUUCCUCGGGUCCGGUACAUGUCAAUGAAUGAGUUGGAUGGAAGUGUGUGUCUGUGAUUAUAUAUUUAUUAUUCUGUUCAUUUAUACAUGUAUCGUUCGUAUUUUUCUUCUGCAACAUCAAACUUUGAAUGAUAAUCAUGUUUAUAAUACUAUAUUAUGAUGUGAAUAACAAAUACACAUUCAUUUUCAGGAAAACAUCCAUUCUCAACACUACCAUUUUCAAUGCUUUUUACAGCAGUUUUAUUUUACAAGCAAUGUGCCAUGAUAGACUGUCAGUGUAGUCUUUAGUGUAUGAUUUCACUGACAGUCUGGCACUGCCGGAAUGAUAUUAUGCGUAUGCUAUCAAAAACAAGGACCAAUGAAGGAGACACUGCGCUUUCCACUAAGUCCAGUGGCCCUGAACGAAUCAUGGGCUAGAUUCACUUUCUGUUUCAUUUCUACAUUUAAACAAACGGUAAAGAACCUGAACGUUCAUUUACUUUCUCUUUUACAGGUACUACUUUAAUCUAACCCUUGCGCCUAAACGAAUUCAGCGCUUGAUUUACUAAGUCUUUCUCUUUUACAUAUACUAUGUACUUUUUACCUAACCCUAGUGAUUUUGAACUAUCCUGAUUACUGCGUCUUUUACAUUUUCACUAGGGUUUUAAAACUAAUCCUAGCGUUCCUGGACAAAUCCUGUGCUUGAUCAUUUUUACAUAUACACUGCACUUUAAGCAAAACUCAUUGUGCCUGAAGCUGUGGAUUCCUGGUAUUCUUCUCAUCCCCGUUUCCAUAUACCCGUUCAUCAUCAAGUAAAACGACAUCCAAAACUCAUUCUGCCAGCUUUAGUCGGUUGAUAUCAGUAUCCAUUGUGGCUUUUGACACAGUUUGAAUGUUUCACAGAUCAUUGUUUUCUUGUUAAUUACUAAUCCAAGCAUUUUCUCAAUCUACAGAUACUAACAUUACUUUAUAGAGACACACUCACUAUCAUUUUGAUCAUACUAGGUUUUUCUUCAGUUUAUUUCAUUAUACGUUUUUCUGGUAUAGAAUCCAUGUGUCAGGUAAGUCAAUAAAAUCUCACAGGUAAGCGUAAAUGUGAGCCAAGGAUAUGC